CCGCCCCCAUCCCCAACCCCCUUCAGCCGUCUAGCUCUCUAAAGGGUAUUGGGGCACUGCCUUCGAGCCCCACCCUUGUCCUGUUUUCCACGCCCACCUCAGGCCCCGCCCCCUGCCCACUCUCCUAGUUGUCUUUGCCCGGGGUCGCUGUGCAAGCUUGUAGCUUCAGGAGAUGAGGCUGGUAGUGAAGGCCGCUGCGUUGGCUGCAGGCGCUACAGGGCUUUUCUCCAGAGUCCAGACUCCAGUUGCAGCAGGGAGAAGUUUUUCCACAUCACCGUCCCAGCAUCAAGCAUCCAGUCCUGUGUGGAAGCUGGGUCGACUCAAUCAUGUGGCCAUAGCAGUACCAGAUUUGGAAAAGGCCUCGUCAUUUUACAGGGAUGUUCUAGGGGCCCAGGUGAGUGAGGCGGUCCCUCUUCCGGAACAUGGAGUAUCUGUGGUUUUUGUCAACCUGGGAAAUACGAAGAUGGAACUGCUUCAUCCACUGGGGAGUGAUAGUCCGAUCGCAGGCUUCCUGCAGAAGAACAAGGCUGGAGGAAUGCAUCACGUCUGCAUCGAGGAUAAGCACACCAUGGCAGGAGCAAAGAACACCAGGAAGGGGGCCAACUGUUGCCCCACUGUCUUCUUCAAAGGCAUAGCUAUAAUGGCCAGAGACCUCCCUCUAAGGCCUGCUUACUAAAGACUCACUAUCGUCCAACAGCACCAACCUGGGGAGUGGACAACAUAAAUGCAGCUGUGAUGGAUCUGAAGAAACAGAAGAUCCGCAGUCUGAGUGAUGAGGCCAAAAUAGGGGCACAUGGGAAACCCGUGAUUUUCCUCCAUCCCAAAGACUGUGGUGGGGUCCUUGUAGAACUGGAGCAAGCAUGAUUUAUAAUUGUGAUAAACUUAAUUAAUCAACCCAAGUAACCCUUAACAA